GCUCCCGGCUGGCUAGAGCGUCCGCGCGCGCGCGCUCUGACGCGCUCCCGGCAGGGCCGGCCGCGGAGGCUGUCGGGAAGUAGGCGGGGUGACGUGGGGCGGACGAGCUCUGCGGCGGGUUCGCAGGGCAUCGGUGGCCGGCGGGGCAGCGGGUGCCGGCGGCGGCGGCGGCGGCGGCGGCAGCGGCCAGCGACCGAGGGCGGUGGAGCGGGGGCGGCGGCCUUGUGCGGCCGGGGCCAUGACGAGCAAUGCCGGGGAGUGGUGCCUCAUGGAGAGCGACCCCGGCGUGUUCACCGAGCUCAUUAAAGGAUUCGAUCAAUAAAAUGGAUAAACUUCUAACCAGACUGAUCAAAAGAGGACAGGACACACAAAUGACCAAUGCCAGAAAGAAGAGAGAUGAUCUCACCAUAGAAUCUAUGGACAUUAAAAAGAUAAUAAGGGGAUAUUGGAAGCAUCUUUAUACCAGUAAAUCUGACAACUUAAAACGAAAUACGCAAAUUCCCUUAAAGAUACAAAUUACCAAAGCUCAAUCAAGAAAAAUACGUUGCCGAGGAGCCCAAGUAGAAGAGAUAUGGAGUUUAGAACCUGAGAGUUUUGAAAAAUUAAAGCCGGUUCACGGGCUAAUUUUUCUUUUCAAGUGGCAGCCAGGAGAGGAACCAGCAGGCUCUGUGGUUCAGGACUCCAGACUCGACACAAUCUUUUUUGCCAAGCAGGUCAUUAACAAUGCGUGUGCUACGCAAGCCAUAGUAAGUGUGCUGCUGAACUGCACUCAUCAAGACGUCCAUCUAGGAGAGACGUUGUCCGAGUUCAAGGAAUUCUCACAGAGCUUCGAUGCAGCUAUGAAAGGUUUGGCGCUGAGCAACUCCGACGUGAUCCGACAGGUGCACAACAGCUUCGCCAGACAGCAGAUGUUUGAGUUCGACGCGAAGCCCCCGACCAAAGAGGAGGAUGCGUUCCACUUUGUCAGCUACGUCCCCGUGAACGGAAGACUCUACGAGCUGGACGGACUGCGGGAGGGACCGAUCGACCUAGGGGCCUGCAGCCAGGAUGACUGGAUCAGCGCCGUGAGGCCCGUCAUCGAGAAGAGAAUACAGAAGUACAGCGAAGGUGAGAUUCGAUUUAACUUAAUGGCCAUCGUGUCUGACAGAAAAAUGAUAUAUGAACAGAAGAUAGCAGAGUUGCAGAGACAACUUGCUGAGGAGGAACACAUGGAUACGGAUCAGGGUAGUAUGCUAAGUGCUAUUCAGUCAGAACUCGCCAAAAAUCAGAUGCUCAUUGAAGAAGAAAUGCAGAAAUUAAAAAGAUAUAAGAUUGAAAAUAUCAGAAGGAAACAUAAUUACCUGCCGUUCAUUAUGGAAUUGUUAAAGACGUUAGCAGAACACCAGCAAUUAAUACCACUAGUAGAAAAGGCAAAAGAAAAACAGAAUGCAAAGAAAGCACAGGAGACCAAAUGAAGGGGAUGCUGUGGCGUGUGCACACGUCUGCUUCUGCCUUUAUUUCCAUGGAAACCACUGAGCAUGAGGAACGCGGAGCAGCACCCUGACUGGCUCAGUGCACACUGGGCAGGAGUCCAGUCCGUCUUGUCUUUACUGCAUGGAUUCAUAAAAGCCCCCUACCUGCAUUGUGUGCAUGUAGUGCCUGUUAAAAUAAAGGUGAUGUCAAGAACACUUGCCCAAAUCCCAUUAUUUGACACUGGAUCUGAGAAAUUCUGUGAUUUCCCCACGUACGUACGUAGCUGCCGUAAUGAAUCUAGAAAACGCACAGAUGAUCUUCUCUACCUGUAACUGAUAUCAUUAACCCUUUGAUCUUUUAGCUCACUUAAAAGCUUGAAAUUUACAAAUGUCAGCUCUUGAUUAAACUGGAUCUCUUGUUCUCAUCAUUUAAUGGAAUAAAAGAAAAAUCAGUAUUUCUGUCUUUGAUAUCUAAGUAUUUUAAGGAUUUUUAAACUGAAUUUUAUCUUCUAUAUCAAUUAUUUGGAAAAGUAUGAUUUUAGUGCAGAUUAUUUGAAAGGACAAAAGUACAGUUUCUAGUGAUUUUCAUGCUGCCAGUAGAAAAAGUAAUAAACAUCCCAACUUUAUUUUUACAAACUC